GGAAUAAGUUGUGACAUAAAAAUUAGUUUGAACUGGAAUUACAGACGAUGCAUUUGACGUGCUAUACAUUUGUGAUUUUUCAAUAAAAAGCUAUACGGAUCCUGGAGGCUCUCUUGUCAAUUGUUAAUAUAAGAAUUUGCAAUAAAUAUACGGUACUGUGGCUCAAAUGAUGAAACGGCGGUAAAGCUGCCAAGCAUGGUAUCACCGUCUAAAAGAUGAGGGCGUGCUUUACAACAUGUAUGAUGUUGACCUUCUACGGAAUUGGUGAAUGUUUGCGAUGUUUCGUGUGUGAUAACGAGUUCAAUCCGGCGUGUGGGGUGGACUUCAAGCCUUACCAGUAUGAGGCCCAAAACUGCAGAGGAGGCGCAUCCAAGUGCGUGCUUCAGCGACAACAGAGAAUAGGAGAUUUUAUAGCCAUUGUGAGAAGAUGUCAUCUCCUAGGAUCGUUGGCAAACCUGAAUGAAUCGGAUGGGUGCCGUCAUAUCGUCACACCAACAAACAACCACACGUUCGAAGUGUGCCUAUGUAGCACGGACUACUGUAACACUGGGGUUAAUAUCACCCUGCACCAGUUGCUCUUACUAUGUGCCUGCGUUUUCUGGUAUCUCCGAACCGCAAUACUAUGACGGACUUACUUAAUAUUGUACAGUUUACGUUCAUACAUUAAUAUGCAUUUUGACAUUUUAAAUGCGGUGUUUAUUAUUUUCAAUAAUCUGCAAAUGUUUAAUAAAUGUUUCAUAUCACCCAUUUAGCUGAAAUAGUAUCUGUACACUCAGGACGUAUGCUGAUGGUCUCUUGCCUACGUGGGUUCUUUAAAGCGUGUUUGUGUUGUAUAUUGUAAACGAGUUAUAACCAGCAGACAGUAGAAAACCGGUUAAGUAUUUGGUUUCAGUUAUCCAAAAUUUAACCGUACCUAUCAAAUUGUUUUCAUGAGUCGACCAGCCAAUAUUUAGCUUUGGAACAAUUUAAAACGUUUUAAACUUUUAGUCGCAUACCAAUAUUUUUUAUGGGCAAGCUUUUGGCAUACAGUGUGUUUUUUGUAUCUGAAAACAAGACGAAUGUACUUGAACACAUUAUUGAUACUUCUCAUGAACUUUGCAAUGUUUACAUUUACGAUAGAGGUCGAAAAUUAAUGACUGUAGCAACGCCAAAUCAGAUUCUAAGCCAAUACAAUUGUAAACAGACGGAGCUAUAUAGCGACCAUUCUUCAAUCGCCAGGCUCUAUAAAACAAUUCUUGUUGCUUGUG